ACAUCAGCAUCCAUGCGCAACAUUUGAAAAAGCUUUUUCUAUUUCGCUCAAUUUCUCACAGUGUAAGUAUUUUAGAGCGAGCAGUUGAUUUGCGUGCAUCAAGUCUUACCAACUUAUUUUAAUUGUUUUUAUUCUCGUUUGGAAGUCGAUUUGUGGUUUCACUUUCUCGCAAUAAAUAAAUGCUGAGUAGUAACAAAUUCAAACAAAGUCAUCCGCGUAACGAUUGGUAGAUAUUAUAACGAAUGAUACUUGAUGUCGGAGAUAAUUUAUAAUGGAUUUGGAUUUUAAAAAAGGAUAAAAAAUUCAAAAUAACGUAAAUAGUCUCCUUUGAAGUUUUUUUCUCCGUUUUUUUGAAUCUCAGAGAGAGGGUACAACAUCGAAUUUUUAGGAACGCCUUCGCGGAUGGAUUUUUACGUGAUUAUCAGCCUCAUUAACCACAGGUACGUUGUUUGGUAAUAUUAAAUGACCAUUGUAAUAGAUAAAACUACAAGACAACCAUGUUAUAAGCUACAAAUGAUUUUCAAAUUCAACCAGUGCCACGCAUAGUACUUUGGGGGAAGAAAAAUCAGUAACUGAUAGUCUUUUAAAAUCACCUUGUACCAUUUCCAGUCAGUGCUAAUAAAUUUAACACAUGUAAUGGCGUCUUGGCAUAUCCCAGUCCAUGGAUCACCAUUGUUAGAUCUUGCAGAAGACUUUUUUGGUGAUUUGACCUUUCCACCGUUGCGUUAUUUACCGAUGUUUUACAAUUUACACUCCAUCGUACCUGCUACGGGGCAGCCAUUAAAGGGAGAAAGUGCGAGAGAGAGGGAUCGACUGUAUCGACAACUUGUUGGGCACGUACCAUAUGGAGCAAGUUUGAAAGGGGCAUCUGGGGAGCAGGAAGACAAAUUUGGUGUUAAACUUGAUGUUAAGCACUAUAAACCAGAUGAGAUUUCAGUUAAAGUUGAUGGACAAACGUUGACUGUCACUGGUAAACAUUACAAUGAGACUGACACCGGCUACGAGUCUUGCAAUUUUAAACGUUCAUACACUGUACCAGAAACAAUUAACACGAAAAAUCUGUCAUCACAUAUAUCCGAAGACGGUAUUUUGACGUUGGAAGCUCCCAAGGAGACAAAACAAGAGGAUGGCCAAGUAUCUGAAAAGAAGGAAAACUAUCAACUGUCGUUGGAAGUGUCUGGAUACAAGCCAGAAGAGAUCAGCGUUCGUGUCGAUGGAAAAGAUUUAAUAAUUCGUGGUGAAACAAAGGAGGAACAUGAAGGCGACAUUGGUAAGAGCAUCCGUCACCACCAUUUUACUUGGCUUUAUAACUUGCCCAAUGACAUUGAUGCUGCAGCGUUAUCUUCCAGAUGCACAAAAGAUGGAAAGUUAACAAUAGAAGCUCCAAGGAUGGAGCCGCCGCAGCCAAGAACCUUAGAAAUCAUGACAGAAUAAGGGAAUUGGAUGUUGAAUUUUUUUUUCGUCUUAUUGCUUGGAAAGAUAGUCAUGUAUUUAAUGCGUGUAAUUUUUUGUUUCCCUUGUAAUUCUGGAUAUCAAGAAUAAAUAGUCUUCACUCUUGG